CCAAUAGCAGGUUGGAGCUAGGUCAAAGAGUGGCCCACCUGAGCCCAGGUAGCAGAACACCUGGGCCUCUCGUGAUUGGCUGGCUAUAUACCUUCCCUAGAACAGGUUGUUUACUCUGCAGGCCAAUUGGAGGCUUAGGAAGAUGUUUCUGUUAGGGGUGGGGCUUGAGGGUCCCUCAAACACAGCUGGAAUCUCCCAUAAAGUCACCGGCCGGCCCACCCACCACUGACAUAACCUCACCAUGGUGCUAGAGCUGUACCUAGAUAUGCUCUCCCAGCCGUGCCGGGCAGUCUACAUCUUCGCCAAGAAAAACAACAUCGCUUUUAUGAUGAAGAACAUCGAGAUGCUUAAAGGACAACAGUUUAGUGAAGAUUUUAACAAGGUGAACAUCUUAAGGAAAGUACCAGUUCUGAAAGAUGGAGACUUUACUUUAGAAGAGAGCACCGCCAUCCUCCUGUACCUGACCCGGAAGUACAACACACCCGGCCACUGGUACCCGCCGGACAUGAAGAAGCGAGGCCGCGUCGAUGAGUUCCUGGCCUGGCAGCAAAGCACCAUCCAUGUCAGCUGCUCCAAGAUGUUCUGGCUCAAGGUAGUGAUCCCCAUCUUCAUAAACCAGCAACUGCCUCCUGAGAAGCUCCACGAUGUCACAGAGGACCUAAACAGUAACUUGCAGAAGCUGGAGGAGAAGUUCCUGAAGGACCAACCCUUCCUGAUUGGUACCGAGAUCUCCCUGGCGGACCUGGUGGCCAUCGUGGAGCUCAUGCAGUGCACGGGAGCCGGCUGGGAAACCUUUGAGGGCCGACCCAAGCUUCAGGAGUGGCGCAAAAGGGUUGAGGUGACCAUAGGCAAGGAGCUAUUUGCGGAAGCGCACGCACGGAUCCUGAACAAUCAAGAGAUGAGGAACAUGACCAUUGACCCAUCGCUGAAAGUUCAACUGAAGCCCUUUCUCUUGAAGAUGAUGAAAUAAAAUGGGCACUACAAGCUCCUC